AUGCUCACUCGAAAAACAUUUCAUGCUUUCCGGAGCAUUUCGGGUCCACCGAAGAAGUCCGUCGAGCUCCCGAAAUACGACUUAGUCAUCGUCGGUGGUGGAAUCGUGGGAUGUGCAACUGCCCGUCAACUUCUCAUCGAAAAACCAAAUCUGAAAAUUGCUCUUGUCGAAAAAGAGAAAGAAUUAGCUGUCCAUCAAAGUGGACAUAAUUCCGGUGUGAUUCACGCAGGAAUCUACUACACUCCAGGGAGUCUGAAAGCAAAAUUGUGCGUUGAAGGACUAGACUUGUCAUAUGAGUUUUUUGACAAGGAGAAAAUACCAUAUAAGAAGACUGGAAAGUUGAUUGUGGCUGUAGAACAAGAAGAGGUUCCAAGAUUAGACGCUCUAUUCGCUCGUGCCCAAACCAACGGAUGUCGUGACAUCGAGAUGAUCGACUCCAAGCGAAUCACUGAUAUCGAGCCUCACUGUAAAGGUCUCAAAGCCUUAUGGAGCCCUCACACUGGAAUUGUCGAUUGGGGAUAUGUCACCAAGAAGUUUGGAGAAGAUUUUGAGAAGCGAGGAGGGAAGAUUUACACGAGUUAUCCAUUGGAAAAAAUUGAGGAUAAUUUGAAAGAUUCGAAUUACCCGAUUCGGGUGUCAAGUGAUCCAUCUUAUGCUGAUUUUGAAACCAAAAAUCUUAUCACAUGUGCCGGACUGCAAUCCGAUAGAGUUGCGGCUUUAUCAGGCUGCUCCACAGAUCCAAAAAUCGUCCCGUUCCGUGGAGAGUAUCUUUUGCUAAAACCAGAAAAAAGGCAUCUUGUUAAAACGAACAUAUACCCAGUGCCAGAUCCUCGAUUCCCAUUCCUUGGCGUGCAUUUUACACCGAGAAUGAACGGAGAUAUUUGGUUGGGACCAAAUGCAGUGUUAGCUUAUAAAAGAGAAGGAUACUCGUAUUUCAGUAUCUCCCCCUCUGAUUUAUUGGAGUCAUUGAGCUACAGUGGAAUGCAAAAAUUGGUCAAAAAACACUUCACAUUUGGCAUCAAAGAGCUGUAUCGUGGAAUAUGGAUUGCAGCUCAAGUGAAACAGUUACAGCGAUUUAUUCCAGAAUUGAAAUAUAGUGAUGUGACCAGAGGACCAUCUGGAGUGCGUGCCCAGGCAAUGGAUAGUGCUGGAAACUUGGUGGACGACUUCGUUUUUGACAGCGGAACUGGAAAGCUGUCCUCUCUCAUCAUGCACGUUAGAAACGCACCAUCUCCAGCAGCCACGUCAUCUCUGGCUAUUGCGAAAAUGAUCACUUCUGAAGCUAUAACCAGAUUCAAACUUUAG